AUAUAAAGUCUUCAUCCCCCUCACUCAAUUGUCAUGGUGUGGUAGGAACAAUAAUCAUAAAACAAGUCACCAUCUGAUCAUAACAUUGAGAAGAUAGAGAAAACUAUUUCAACUCAGAAGUUAUGGGAUGCAUAUUAUCUACCUUUCAAUCCCCUCUCUCUGGUUGGGGAGCAAUAAAGAAGGUUCUUCCAUUGCAGAGUUGGGGAGCAACAACGAGGCCUAAAUUUGUGUUGUUUGGUUCAUCAAUUGUUCAAUACAGUUACUAUGAAGGUUGGGGAGCUACACUUUCUCACUUGUACGCUCGUAAGGCUGAUAUAGUUUUGCGGGGAUAUGCUGCUUGGAAUUCAAGGCGUGCUCUGCAAGUUUUGGAUAAAAUAUUUCCUAAGAAUGCCAUUGAGCAACCAUCAUUGGUGAUUGUGUACUUUGGUGGUAAUGAUUGUACUCAUCCAUUUCCAAGUGGUCUUGGUCCUCAUGUACCAUUGGAGGAAUACGUAGAAAAUAUGAGGAAGAUUGCUAUCCAUAUAAUGAGUCUAUCAGACAAGACUCGAAUUAUAUUGCUCAGUAAUCCUCCCAUCAAUGAGGCACAAAUCAAGAUCAACAUUGAUGACUUUGGGAACCCAAUGAGAACAAAUGAAACAAGUCGAAUAUAUUCAGAAGCGUGUUUGAAUAUGUGUCGUGAGAUGAAAAUAAAGGCCAUUGAUUUGUGGUCUGCAAUUCAGAAAAUAGAUGAUUGGAGAGAUGUUUGUUUCGUUGAUGGAGUUCAUCUAUCAAACAAGGGGAGUGAAAUAGUAACAAAAGAGAUAUUGAAUGUCAUCGAAGAAGCAGAGUGGAAACCAAGUCUAUAUUGGAAGUUAAUGCCAGCUGAAUUUGGAGAAGAUUCUCCUUAUGAUAUGGUUUCUCUUGAUGGGAAGAUAAAUAUUAAUUUCUCCGAUGUGCCUUUUCCUGAUGGUGUAGAGUGGCCUUGAUAUAUUAUUCCAAAUUCAUAGAAUCCUUAUGGAAAUUGUAUGUUCAAUAUUAGAUGGGUGAGCAAAACUUGAUCAUGGUUUUUCACUAUGUGAAUAAUGAAAUUUGUUUUUUUUUUUUAUGGUGGUUUAAUUGAGCCAAUUGUUGUAUCAUUGAUAUUACAUGUUCAUUAAGAAAUGGGUGAACAUAACUUGAUCAUGAAUUUUCACCAUGUGAGUAGUGAAAUUUGACUCAGUAUUUUAAUCGAGCCAUGUUGAUGGAAUA